AUGUCUACAUUUGAAAAUACAUCCAACUCUUCUACUAAUAUAUCUGGUCAGUCAAAGAAGAGUGUAUCCUCACCGACAUCAUCUGCUGAUCAAUCUCUUCGUGUUGGUACAACCACAGCAAGUAAAUCACAACAUGAAGAGUUUGUCCAACAUCCACCACAUGUACAACAAAGUUAUUCUUCAACCACAUCUGUAGCAUCACACCAUGAAGCCAUGUCUACCAAUAAUACACAUGCAUAUAAAAGCAUGUCUCCUUCCUAUGCAAGUCCAGUCCAUCAUGUUGGUCCUGUUGCCACUAGUACUAUUACUACUAACUAUCAAAAUAGCUCCACAACCGAUAGUUCUCAACAAGGAGCAAUAAGCAACCAUCGUUUAUCCAAUCAUAGAAACUCUCCGCCAACAAGUGCAUCCUUCAUUUCCAGAGGCCAAACUUUUGUCCAACAAGAAAAUGAAUCAAACCACUUUAAUAACAACACAACAAAAACAUCCAACAACCAACACGUUCCUUCUUCAUAUCCAUUGCAUCAUCAACAUUCUAGCAUGGUGAAUGGUAACAGUGUUGGUGGAAACGGUACUACGACAAAUCAUUCUAACAACAAUAUGGCAAGCAUUCAUCACCACGAUCAAGACAAGAUUGCAUAUCAUUCAAAUCAAAGUAUGAAUAGUACUAAUGCAUCAUACAGUAUGAACACUAAUUCAUUUGAUAACAUGG